AUGUUCGCCAAAGGCAAGCCCCGCACCCCUCUGGUCAAUAGCCAGGCCAAGUUUAAGGGUCAACUGGCCAAUAAUACCUCGCAACUGAAUCUCAGUUUUCCAACUGCCGCUCAACUUUUGCGCAAAAAUAACAGCCAAUUGCGACAAACUAAACUGAGUAUCUCUCGCAAGGACAACAAACUAAGAUACGAUGGUUUUGUGGAGGAGUGCGAAAUGCGACCCAAAAAGGAGUUUGUCUACGUUCCGACUCCGAGGAUCCAGGAAAAGUCCAGUUGCGAAGUCUCCGCCAAAAAGGAUGAAAAAACAGAGUUGCCAAGUUCCCCGAUGUCCAAACCAGGACGAAAUUUAAUUAGUUUGAUCGGUAACGUGGAUUUCUGCCUUAAAACCCAUAGAAUGUAUCCAGAUAUAAACGCCAUUUGGAAUGUUUACGGGAAGUUGCUGCGCAUAAUUGAGGGAAAACGUGGAGAGCACACUUUACUUUUGCGAAACGAAGAUUCGGGUCCCAUCCUCCAGGGAAUUUACUACGAUUUCGAAGGAGUUUUAAAAACUUGGAUCCCAGGCGGUUAUGUUCAUAUCGUCGGUCAUUUUAUUGGCGAGAAUCGACUGCAAACUUUCAACAUCGCCCAGGUAAGCGGUAAAGAUUGGCAGCAACAAUGUAUGCGCAUUGAAAAUGUGACAACGUAUAUUCUGAUGCAAAACAAUGUGCAUAAGUAA